AUGCUUCCAACAAUAGUUUCUAGAGUGUAUCACAUCACCACUUUUGUGUGGUACCUUUUGCUCAUUUAUUUGCUUCUCAACACUCAGUACAGCCACCCGCUUCCAGGAGUAUUCUUAUAUGCUGGUCAGUGGAAGUAUCUCACAUUCCUCAAUUUGUUUCUGCAGACAUUUUUCAAUGGGUUGAGUAUCCUGGUAGAUAUAUUGGGACCUGUGAUGUGGAUUCGGUCACUAAGAGAUCUCUUUUUCUCAGUUCUGGCGUUUCCUGUUGGCACUUUCGUUGUCACAUCCUUUUGGCUUUUGUUCACGUAUGACAGAGCACUGGUAUACCCUGAAGAUCUUGAUGCAUUCAUUCCUCUAUGGCUGAACCAUGCUGUGCAUACUGUAGUAUUGCCACUGAUCUUGCUGGAAUUGUUCAAUACACCACACCAAUAUCCAAAACGAAGAACAGGGCUUCUCAUCCUGGGACUUGUUUCCGUUUCCUACCUGCUGUGGGUUCUGUGGAUUUACUAUGCAGCUGGUGCAUGGGUCUACCCACUAUUGGGUCAAUUUAAUCGACUAGGCCUGGUGUUGUUUUUCUCAGUGAGUCUUCUGUUGGUGAUGCUCUUAUAUCUGCUGGGGGAGAAGCUCACUACGUUAAUCUGGGGUAAGUAA